AGGCGAGAGCGGGCUAGGAUCCCUCCCUCCUCCCUCUGGAACAGAGGCUCAGCCAGGGGACAAGGAACCUUACUCCAGCCUAACCCCGGAACUGGCACAACCUCCUUGCAGGCUUGUCUGAGGCAUUUUGAACCCAUGGAGAACUCUAUACAAAUUAUGGAUACAGCGCCUCAUGGGGAAUGUUCUGUGAAGGUCCCUUGUUCUGACAUAAGUGGCAAAGACAUGAGUCAAAGGGACUUUUCUAUGCACUCCAACAAAAUUCCACCACUGAAGCCAUGUUUUAAAAAGAAACAGGCUCCGAAAUUAUUAGACUCAGAAACAAUAAAUGCUCUAAGGCCAAUAAUUACUAGUUUUUUGGGAUCUGGGACUCUCGAUGAAAUAUUUGUGUCUAGGAAUCGAGCAGGGAAUACGAGCAGUUUAUGUGAGCCCAUCGACAAAAAGGCACUGGGGAUGGAGCAGCAGUGUCCUCCAACUAAUUCACUGAUAUCUGGGAGUCCAAGUCUUAGCCCCUUAACAGACCAACCACCUACCGUUCAUGCAGAGCAGGAAGACCUUGUGGUACAUCAGCCCACUGUAUUAGACACAACGGAACCAACAUUUCCAUCAGACAAUUCAAAUAUGACUGUUAAUAAUAAUACUGCCAAUGGCUCUUUCCAAGAUCCUCUCCUGCAGACAAUCUCAACAGAUUUCACCAAUCCUGGCUGCUUAGACAAGAUAACAGAAAGCUACUCAUCAGGGUUAUUCCAGGAUAAUGGCUCUCUGGACCAAUACAGUUUAAACCAAAACAAUUCCAACGCUGGAAUAUUUCAGGACAAAACAGAAGAGGCAUCUCUACUUCUUGUGUUCGAACUUUUGAAUCAGUUGCAAUAUCAUGUCCACCAAAAAGAUGGGGUGGACAUAUGUGUGGAUUUCCUACAGGGUUUGUGCUUGUAUGGAAACGACUGUCAGAAACAUCACACGGUAUUGCCAUAUCAUUGGCAGGUUAGGAGGAGAGCUACCAGCAUAUGGCAGAGUGUGAACGAUGAUUCUCAAGAACAUGUGGAAAGGCUCUACUGCAGCCCAGAUAGCGACCGAAUCAAAAUGAGAUAUCAGGGACAUGAUUUUCUAGUAGACUUGAACUGUAUGGAGAUUUAUGAGUCUCUUGAAUUUGACCAAAUCCGACGACUGUCAACACCAACUACCUCUGGCGUGUCCUCUAAUUAUCACACUGUGUGGAAGUACUUCUGCCGAGAUCAUUUCGGGUGGAGGGAGUAUUCUGAGCCUGUCGUGAAGCUCAUAGAAGAGGCCAACUGCCGGGGCCUAAAAGAGGUACGCUUUGUUACAUGGCACAACCAGUACAUACUGAAUAUAAAGGAUGGAUUUCAGCAGAACGCAUGCUUCCGGAAGGAAAUCAAACGCAGGCCCUUGUUCCGAUCGUCUGUGAUACUUCUGCCACAUCUCCAAACACUCAGUGGAAUAUCUCCCGUGGCACCUCCAGCAAACCAAGCCGAUUCCCUGCAAAUCCUGUCUCCUAUAGCAAUUACUUCUCCCAACUUUUACCCUGAAACAUGGCUCUCCAUGGACGCAUCUCAGGAGUUCUUUCAAGUGCCUAUGUCUAAGGAAGACAAAAGCUACAGGACAGUUUAUACUCUGUUUCACAAAACGGUGCCAGAAACCAGGUUCCGCAUUUUAAAGAUAAUACGCGUCCAGAAUCUCUUCUUGUGGGAAAAAUAUAAGAGGAAAAAAGAAUUCAUGACAAGGAAGAUGACGGGACUGGACAGAAUUAUGAAUGAAAGGCAUCUGUUCCACGGGACCUCGCAGGAUGUUGUUGAUGCAAUUUGCAAACACAACUUUGACCCCAGAGUGUGCGGGAAGCAUGCCACCAUGUUUGGACAGGGCAGUUACUUUGCCAGGAAAGCCAGCUAUUCACACAACUUUUCCAAACGCUCCCCCAAAGGAGUUCACUAUAUGUUUCUGGCUAAAGUGCUAACUGGAAGGUACGUGGUUGGGAAUCAUACCAUGAGAAGGCCUCCUCCGUUAAACCCAGGGAGCUUGACCAGUGACCUCUAUGACUCUUGUGUGGACAACUUCUUUGAGCCCCAGAUUUUUGUUAUAUUUAACGAUGAUCAGAGCUACCCUUAUUUUAUUAUCCAGUAUGAAGAAGUUAGCAACACUGUCUCCAUUUAACAACAUGAAAGCUGCUUUAAUGUCUCUUAGGAUCUGUUAUUUAAAUUGGUGGGAAAAGAAAGAGACUGAAAAAUAAAUCUACUAGUCGUGAUGGACAUACAACGACCAACAGUGCACUUGCCGCUAAUUAUGUGCAUUUUGUAAAUACAUUUUUCAAUGUUAAUAGUUUGUGUGCCUUUGUUAAUAAAAUCUUUAUUUAAUGAGUAA